UCUAUUUGCCUUCUAAUGAAUUGUUUUAGCUUAUUAAAAAGUAGGUAAAAUAAGACACAUGGAAUAUGUGCUGGUGUUAAUACUUGGGCUUUACUAUAUUUGUUCUUCUAAUAUGGAUAUUUAACUUAAGGAAGGAACAAUUUUUGUACAGACGGGGCAACAAACAAGGUUGUGUCAGUCUUUGAAAUUGCAGAAGUUUCUAUGGAUAUAAAUAAUUCAAAUGCAUCCUACUACAGAAUUCCAGCAUCUUACAUGGAUAGAAAUUAUUCUAGUGUUACUAAUAAUUGUACGGAUUUGGUAGACAAGCUGAAGAGAUACUAUCUUACAGUGAUGUACUCUUUAAUAUUUAUAUUAGGUGUAGUUGGUAACAUAUCUGCUCUCCUAAUAUAUUUCUUCAAAGUGAGACCAUGGAAGAACACUACAAUAACAAUGAUUCACAUCGCCAUGACUGACUUUCUUUAUCUGAUGAGUCUUCCAUUUUUUGUGAAAUACUACAGUAACAGUGAUUUUUGGACCCUAGGAGACUUUAUGUGUAAACUAGUGAGAUUUAUUUUUCAUUUGAAUAUGUAUGGAACCAUUCAUUUGCUUAUGUUUGUUAGUAUCUUUCGCUGCAUCGCUGUCGUUUAUCCCCUGAAAGCGCCUGAUUUGCAGAAGAAACGGUGGGGCUUACUUGUUAUUUUUACUUCAUGGAUAACUACAGGAGCAUUAAUUACCCCAAUGCUCAAUAUGUUUUCAAUACAGACAACCAAUAAUACUAUUUCAUGUUUAGAUUUUGCUAGCCUUGAUCCACAGAAGAUACAGGUAUAUAACUUCAUUUUGACAGGACUAGGUUUCUUUAUUCCUUUGCUCAUUGUAUUAAUAUGUUAUAUAAUCAUUGUGAUGAAACUGGCGGAGAGGCCUGAAAUGCCAAACUUUAGAAAAGUAAAAGCCAGACGAUUUGUUGUUCUGAUCUUGGUGGUGUUUAUCAUUUGUUUUUUGCCAUAUCAUGUCCUAAGAAUAAUUCGCAUAAGCACUAAUUAUCCAUCUUACCGUUCUUGUGUAACAAACACUGUUCAGGCUGUGUACAUCAUAACCCGGACUGUUGAAGGAAUGAACACUAUAUUUGACUUACUUUUGUACACAGCAGCAGGAGAGGAAUUUAAGAAAGCGUUUAUAUCAACUGCUGCCUCAGUUUGGCAUUGUUGCAAAAAACAUCUGACAAGAUUCUAACUUUGAAGAGAAAUCAUUUAGAUACUAUAGUGAAAAAAAUGGGCAUUAAUAGUUUUGGAAGACUUCAGAUAGAGUAAUCUUAAGGUACCAAGACUGAGCCAGUACAUAGUGAAAAAUUAUGUUAAAUUUUGUUAAUGCAUUACUUGACUUUCAGAUGAAUUACUGGGCGGCAAAUAUACAAGCUACUGUAUAAAGACAUGGACAGUGACAAAAAUCGAUGAAUAUACACAAGCAUGGUCUGCAAUAGAAAUAAAAUCUUGCAGUAUUUUACAUUCCCUCCUUUGUGCCCCA